AAAAGCCAGUCAGCGGUCAUGAGCAGUUCAGAGUGGAACUUCCUCACUUACGAAAGUCAAGAUGCUCACUCUAAAGAACAUGUCCUUCAAGGCUGGUCAGGAGCUGAAGAUCACUGGCAAGGCCACGUCAGGCACUGGGUUUUCCAUUAACAUCGGUCACAGUGAGGAUAAUCUGGCUCUCCACUUUAACCCGCGCUUCUCCGAACAUGGGGACAAUCAGACCAUCGUGUGCAACUCCAAGAAAGAAGGCACCUGGCAGGGGGAGCAGAGGGAGAGCGCUUUCCCCUUCCGUCCCCAUGAGGAGUUCAAGAUCACUAUGGAAUUCAGUAACCAGGAGUUUCAUAUCAAGCUUCCUAGCGGCCACAAGAUGCAGUUUCCCAACCGCUUUGGCGAUAAGAAGUUCAAGCACAUCCAUGUCACUGGAGAUGUCAAGAUCCAAGGUAUCGAUAUCCAUUGAGGAUACCAACCACAUGUGCCACCUAUAGGUCAAUGUUAUAAUGCUUGGCCUCAGUGCGCAGUGCCUUAAUGUAUAUUGCUGUUAAUCUUUUGGUUACAAGUGAUUUGAAAAACAAAAGAAAAACACCUCAGCUAAGAGAACAUUUUUGAUUGACUGAUAUGAAUAUCAAACCACAAAAUAAACAAUGUUUAGCAUUUUGCCUAUAA